CGCUGCGAUAAGCUAAGUACCAUGUUUUGCCGAUUGUGAGAUUGACUAUUUCCCACUUAAAAAUGGCGCCAAAUUCAAAUAGCCAAUGAGGUACCGGAUGCGACAACGACAAGUGGUUUUUUUUGCAGUACUCCGUGAAUUGUUCAGAAAACUUAUAUUGUUUUUCAGUUCACUAACGAUGCACUGAAGUAAAAGAGUUUCGCAAAACGCAUUUUUACUGACACUUAGACAUAAAUUAAUUACGUACAUAUUUUCAACGUGCUUUCGAUUGAGCAGAAACGUGAAUGGUGACUGGAUCAGAGAAUUUCAACUAAUAUAAACUGAUAAUACACGUAGUGUUAAUGAAUCAUGCAUAUCUUGAAGAUUCGAAGAAUAAAUUACUGAAAAGCAUUGAUUCGUCAUAAAUGAUGAAUCAUCUCAAUAUAUUUCGACAAAACAUUUGACAAAUUCAAACUAAAAGGCACCAGAGUAUCACUGGAUUGUCCAGUAAUAUUGUCAGUUCGUAUCUUUUUAGUGUUUUAUCAUAAGUGCAUUUCGUGCAUUGUUUUGAAUUGUCACCAUUAUUGUCACAACCUGCUGCUGGCGAGAAGGCUGAGCAAAUCAGAAUAAUAAAAAAAUGACACAAACAUGAAAGGAUCGACAAUUGGUUGAGGGGGCUGAAUAAUUCAAAAAAUUCCUCAUCCCAAAAAAGUAUGAUAUUAGUUUUAAAAAUGUACGGAUUCUUGUGUAUUCGAAGCGCACUAGCGUUUUCUCCGUUUUUUUUUCUCGAACAUAACCUCGUUAUCCGUGAAAUGAAUCCGUGAACCAAAACAAACGGAAAUAAACAAGUAGCCGAACAGAUCAGUGCGGUGAAAAUAAAUUGACGUUAUAAAAUGUUGCCCGGCAUAGGUUUGUUUGGGACAAGCAGUGUUGUUAGAGUAAUUGUACCAUUUUUGCGGCAAAAAGGUUUUAAGAUCGAGGCAGUAUGGGGUCGUACUUUGACUGAAGCUGCUGAAAUCGCUGUAGAUUUGAAUAUUCCAUUUCACACAAGCCGUAUCGACGAUGUUCUGUUGCGCAAAGAUGUCGACCUCAUAUUUAUCAUGUGCUCUCCAAGUUUACAUGCUCAAAUUGCUGUCAAAGCAUUGGGCAUUGGUAAACAUGUUGUGUGUGACAAACCAGCUGGACUUAGUCAGAGCGAAGCUCUCAAAAUGGUCCGUGCUGCUCAAUAUUAUCCAUCGCUUAUCAGUAUUGUUAAUCACAGUCUCAGAUUCCUACCAGCAUUUUUACAAAUGAAAAAUGCUCUUGAUGCUGGAUAUCUUGGUGGUCCUGUUACAGUCAUUGAUGUUAGAGUCCAAAUGGGAAGCCUCUUGCAUAAUGGCUAUGAUUGGUUGUGCGAUGACAUAAUGGGAGGAGGAAUAUUGGCUCUGGUAGGAAGUCACGUAAUAGAUCUGAUAUUUUAUCUAAUUGGUCAGAAAGCAUUAAAAGUACAUGCGGUUGUGAGAACAUUUACAAGAACAACAGAGCACAUAAAUGGGAUUCGGCACGUGACAUCGCCAGAUUUUUGUUGUUUUCAAAUGGAAUUAACGGGUGGUGCGUUGGUGACAGCUACAUUGAGUAACCACCUGGAGGGUCAGUUGACGCAGGAAGUGCUUGUUUGCGGUCCCAAAGGUCACCUAGUGGUGCGUGGCGGAGAUUUACAUGGUUGUAGAAGUGCUGGCGAGGAAAUAUUGUACGUAGACAACGAAAAUCUUGAAGAUUCGAAAAUUCCCUCAGUCGCGGAUUCGAUACCGCGGCCUUACGUGAAAGGUUUGAAAAAAAUGAUUGAGGCACUGAGAGAAGCAUUUCAGCCAGUAGAGGACAAACGCGGAUGGAUCAAAGAGCCUGUCUCGUUGGCUGCGACCUUCGAAGAUGGACUUUACAUACAAGCUGUUAUAGAUGCUUUAAGACAGAGCAACAAAAAACGUGAAUGGAUCAAAGUUGUAAUGCUCACUGAAGAACCCGAUCCUAAUCCAUUGCUUAGCGCUGCUGUGCGCGCCACCGCUAUUUCAAUCUGAAUGGUCAAAUUAUUUAUGAAAAAAAAAAAACAUUCAUAAGAACAGUAUUCAAACGAUGAAUCAUCGUUGCGAUUGUAUUCACAUCAUUACCUUGCUUUUCUCUCUGUGCUUUGUUGUUGCACACAACUUAUAUCUCAAGUAUUGGCAGCUCUCCGUUAUUUAUAUAUUUUGUUUUGUCCCAAACAUUAAAAUAAGUAAGGCAUUAUUUAAGUUAUUUUAAUACACAAAUACGAAAACAGACGAUGCUGCGAAUCAGCAAAUUCAUGUUCGCACAAGUGUAGCUCUCAUUUUUGUACUAAAUUGUUGAACUCCAUUAGGGUAUUUCGAUCCCGUAGGACGUGAUAUAAAUAUGGUUGUAUGGAAAAGAGCCCAUAAUGUUAAUAUAGAGUAGAAAAUUCCUAAUCACAAUCAGCCAAAUAUUGUAAAAUUUGAAAGAAUUAUUUAUUUUGGUUUCGAUCAUCAAGAUUUAUAGUUCUCGACCUAUUAUUUCUGCGUAAAUUCGUUACAAGGAUUGUGGCGAUAUCGAAACUUGUCAACCGUGUUUAGGUUCAGAGUAUUCCGUUAUCUUUGUAAAAUGUUUUUAAUUCAUAAACUUGGAUAUCUUUUUUAUAUGCAAACCAUUGAUGAAGUUUAUAGGAUUGCUUAUUUCAAAACGUUGCGAGGAAUAGGCUACAUAAUUUUUGUACAAAUCUGAUAUCGAAACAUUUUCGAAAUCUUGAUUACGAAAAUGUGAACGUUAUCAUACUAAAAAGUGGGUUCCCAGAGUACGGCUACCAAUGAGAAUCAUUGGUAAAAAACAUGAAUAUUAUUUAUUAAAUUAAUGACAAAAAGAUGCAACAGAAAGUUAUUAGCCAAUUUGUCCGGUGAUCGAAUUACCUUAAUCAACAAAAAAUGGAAUAAAGAAUAAAUAUGACAUGACAGAUGUUGUUGAAAUUUAAAAA